ACACGGGGCGUGGGCAAAACCACGGUUUCACGCAUACUGGCCAAGUCUCUCAAUUGUUUAGGACCCGAUGGUCAAGGCGGCAUAACGGCCGAGCCUUGCGGUGUUUGCGCCGCAUGCAGCGCGAUUGAUGCCGGACGGUUUAUAGACUACACCGAGCUCGAUGCCGCCAGUAAUCGUGGCGUGGACGAGGUGCAGCAAUUGCUGGAGCAAGCCGUCUACAAGCCGGUAGAAGGGCGCUUUAAGGUCUAUAUCAUCGAUGAGGUGCAUAUGCUCUCGACUGGGGCUUUUAACGCACUCCUCAAGACCCUCGAAGAACCACCAGCACACGUGAAGUUCAUCCUCGCGACAACCGAAGUGGAUAAGGUUCCUGAGACUAUCCGCUCUCGUGCGCUCAGGUUCGACUUCAGGAAAAUCACCGAAUCAGAUAUCAUCGAGCGACUGAAGUUCGUGAUAUCUGAAGAGAAAAUCCAAGCCGAAGAGGCAGCUAUCAAGAUAAUUGCAAAGUACGCUCGC